CCGGUUUGGCGUUCGAUCUCAGCGAGCCUUCGGGAGACAUGUCCUCGGCUUGGGCGCAACAUGUGACCAAGAUGGUAGCCAGGAGAGGCGCCAUCCUCUCUCAGGAUGUCUCUGUCACACCUGUAGCCACGCCAGUGCCCCCCGAGGAGAGGGCCAGUCACUGGCUGAUGGAGGGCGAAUUCUCCUCUCGGCGGGCCAAGAAAUCGUCACGGAAGAAAAAGAAGCACAGGAAGAAGAAGGGCGUUUGCCCCUCCGGGACGGCGGCCGAGACCUGUGCCCCAAAUUACUUCACCACGGGAGGGCCCAGCUCCGUCCCACGCCUGCCCCGGCUCCCACAAACCAAGUGUUUUGUCGCCGACCCACAGCAGAGCCAGGCUCUGGAUGAUGUCCUUUUGUCUCGAGCAGACCCCGAAUGGAGACCCCGAGCUCCUCGGCAGUGGGAGGCCCCCCUGGCUGGACUGUCCCGGGACUGUCCCCCCGGCAGCUGCCGGCGCAACAAGCCCCUGGAUCUCAUCAACCACCCCUUUUGCCCCGAUCUCGGGGGUCCCGAGGAAACGGGACCGGAACAUGGAGCGUGGCUGUUUCCCAGACCGCAGCCGUCGUGUUUUCGGGGGGCCUCCUUCCCUGCUCCCCCCAGGAGCUCGGCUGCUUUGUUCCUGGGUGGUGACGUCUAUGGGGUACAGCCACCUCUGGGCAGGAGGGGUGGGUUGCCCCCCAUCCAUUCCCGGACAAAUUUGAUGGACGCUGAGUUGGUGGACCUGGACUCUGACUUCUAACGGGGGGGGGCUUCCAAUGACUUGGCUUGGUGGUUGAUCAGCCAUAGAGGGGAUUGGUAGAAAGAGUGGGAAGGGGCUGCCUCUUCAUGACCGUCUUUGGGGUGCUGCCCCAUCACGUUGAAGGAGAUCGAGAGAGGUCAUUGGGAGGGGCUGUCCUUGGGCACCCUCUGAAGACCAUCCUUCCUUCCCCUCCCACCUCUCCAUCUUGUGGACCUCUUCAAAAAGACCCUGGAUGGGAUUGUCCUCCUCGUUUUGGUAUGAGGAGAACCUCAAGAAACUUUCUAACGUCCGGAAUGAGGAAGAGACUGCAUCACUAUCUGCAGAAGGUCCCCCCCCCUUCCGCACUGAUAAUGCUACCUAGUUGGGUCAUGAAACGUUUGCAAGAAAAAACAACCAAAC